GGCGGCGCCAGUCAGCUGCCAGCCGGCCAUGUCGCGGCCCGAGGCGCGCGCGCCGCGCAACCGCAGGUUCCCGGCCCAGGUUUCCAAAGAUGAGUGGCUGUCGUACAUGGGAAACUGUCAGCAGCUGACAGACUAUCUUGCCAAGAAGCCCUUCAAGUCGGCAUGGUUUCCCGUCAAGUUCAUUGACGCUCUCUUAAGAGGGUACGGCCAGGUGGUGUUCGCCAACAACCCCCUGAGCGGCGCUCUCAUCGCCGUGGCGCUGACCAUAGCCAGCCCGCAGGCGUCGCUGGCGGGGCUGGCCGCGGCCUGCGUGGGACUGCUCGUGUCGCUGGCGCUGAAGCAGAGUCCCGCGGCCAUCUGCGCCGGGCUGACGGUGUACAACCCGCUGCUGACGGGCCUCGUCACGGCCUCCACGCUGCCCAGCAUGUACUCGCUGCAGAUGGACCCGCUGCUGUGGCUCUUCAUGCUGGCGGCCGCGGCGCUCAGUGUGUACGUGACGUCAGCGGUGUCGUCCCUGCUGCACUCCCUGGGACCGUACCCGGUGCCUUGCUUCACGGUGCCCUUCAACCUGGCGCAGCUGCUGCUGUUCGCGAGCCUCGUGCACCGGGCGCCCUACGGCCCGGUGAUAGCCGGACGGGACCUCGCGCUGCCCACCGAGACCGGCUGGCAGGCCCGCGAGCCCCAGCGGGCCCCGCACAAGUUCACGGAGUACGUGGACAUGGAGGCUCUGAGGCGGGCGUACGAGGAACACAGCCGUCGGGCCGAGGUCCGUGGCUCGUCGCGGCCGUCCACAGACCAGGACGUCGUCAGUGCCAGCACGACCCCGCCGGUCUACUCACACUCCAGUGGGAAUACAGAACCAGACAAACUAGACCACAGCACAACAUACUCUGCGGGGGGAAAUUUAAGUGAUGCACUGAGCGGAGAAUACCUCAGCACUGGUGAUAAUAUUAGCUCCAAAAUGCCAGAAUUUCCAGCAGUGUUUAGUCCGGGUGACGAAACGAACCAAACAAAAAAUUUCACUUUAAAACUUACAAGCUUUUUCGUGCAAGAAACACCAAACAUUGUCUCGCACGCACCAGAUGAAGAAAACGUGACCAGUGAUAUUGUGAAUGAAAAUGUUAGUGAAGAACUAAGAAAUCAUAGUUCAGAGACAUACUCUUUCACUGAAUAUAAUUCAAGUCCUAGCAUGCAGAAUCAAAACGAGUCUAACGGUAAAGACGAUAGUGCUUCUUAUUUUUCAAGCACGGUUUCUCCUGAAACCCCACAAACUCUCUCCAACUCACUCAGAGCAGAUGUCACACUUCCUGAUGAAAUUCCUAGUUUCAAAACACAGGACUUCACUGCAGCUUUUCCCUUUCAUAACGAAAACCACACAUACGAUAUAGAAAGUAAUAUUUCGAAUAUUACCUUCCCCUUAGUGCAAGAAAUACCGGACAAUGUAACAAAUACUUCCAUGGAAGAAAAUGCGGUUAGUGAUAGUGAACUUAUAGUGACAGAAAACGUGGGUGGAAAUAAAGGAUAUGAUAGUUCAGAUACACACCAUUUUCUACAGCAUAAUGAAAGCACUAGCAGGCAAGGUGAAAACCAGCUAAGCACCACAGGAGAUAAUAGUUCGGCCUCUCCCGAGACACCGCACUCGCCUGGUGCGAGUGAACAUCCUGCAGGGUCGGAGUGGUCUCAGGAGGAAAUGGAAGACGGCUCUCCGUACGCGCUCGGCGAAGACGACGGGAACACGACAGCCGCGCGCGAGCGGAGGGCUGCGGGGGACUGGAACUCGACCGCCGGGCCCGGGAACACCACGACCCCGCGCCACGACGUGGACUGGGGCCAGGUGUUCGCCGGGACGGUACUGUCCGCCUCGCAGGUGUACGGCUUCUGCGACGCCCCGGCCUCGGCCACCAUAUACCUGGCCAUCCUCGUCUUCUCCCCCACCAUGGCCGCCUUCUCCGCGUCCGGCGCGCUUCUGGCCACGCUCACAGGCGUGGUGUUCGGCAGCCCGCCGUACACGGAUGUGUAUGCGGGCGAGUGGGGCAUGCAGGGGCUGCUGUGCGCAGCGGCGCUGGGGGGCUUCUGCUACGUGCUGACGCUGCAGACGGCCGUCGCGGCGCACUGCUGCGCUCUGCUGGCAGCCGUGCUCAAGCACGUGCUCUCCGGCAGCUACGCCGCCGCGAACCUGCCCAUCAUGAGCCUGCCGUUCAACCUGGCGACCAUCUUGUUCCUGUACGUGACGUCCGUCAGCGAGGACUUCGUGCAGCCCGAGCAGCUCUCCUUCCCCGAGAAGCACUGGUUCGACCUCCGCCAGCAGCGCCGCGCGCAGCGCCUCCAGGAGGCGGACAAGCAGCAAUCUCCACCAGAAGACGGAAAUGCGGAAGAAGAAAAGAAGCUUCGUAUUCCAGAAGAAGAAAAAGAAGUAGCCUAAUAGGAGGAAAAUUUAAUUUUCUUUGUGAAAUCACUGGUGCUGUACCGAGUUUAAUGACAAGCACGAUAGACUGCACGGUUCUAUGGACAGUAAAAUAGGUUUUUACUAUUAAAAAAUUGAAUAAAGUUGCCAUAAUAUUACUCUUUUGCGAAAUGUAUUAAAAUAAAACAUUAUAAUGUAA